AAAUAUAUGCUCGUGACAAUAAUGGAAAUACACGCAUUAGGAUGUUUGUUUUUAUUUCUAUUUGACUCAAAUUUACAUUUAUUACAAGUGUCUGCUAACUGUGCUUCAAAAAACGCCACCCUCUCAGAUUUCCUCCAGAGAAAGUAUUCCAUGUCUACUCGUGAUGAAUGUGGCAUGGAAUAUAACUGGUACAGAGCGGGUGAGCUUCCGACGGAGAAAAAUGUCGAAGUACCUUUGGAAAUAUGUAGGAAUGGCGAUGAUUGUGACCGACAUGUGAGAGCAAGGGCAAUGCUCUGUGACGAUGGUUCUUAUAUAUUUUUCCUUCCGAAUGUGUUGGGGUGUCCAGAUGCAUACUGCACUGAAAGCCGAGACAAACAACUGAAAGGGCAAAAGAACAACGACGAUGAACCAUUGAUAGAGGACCAUUCAACCAUGAAAAUUAACGACGGACCACCAACCAUCACUGAAACUGAAAUUGUCCUGGAAACAGCUACUGUUUUCCGUGACGGACGAAAUGUGCUGGAAUUUUAUUGCGAUUUCUCUAUUGCUCCGACCACGUCGUUAUUUUACACGGCUUCCUAUGCAUUAGUUACGGGAACAAGCAUUACAAAUGAAUUGUACGUUUCCGAACCUGCCCAGUACCAGGACAAGACAUACUUUAGACAGAGGAUUAAUAUGACCGAGACAGAUCUACAAAAGAAAAUAGAGCAACCUUUAGGGAUCCACAUGAUAUGUUUUAUCCAAGCAAGUUACACAGUUGGGUCAGCAAAGAGCAAACCGGUGUUCAGCAAAGCGAAGUUUAUUGGAAUAGAGUGUUUAAACAAACAAAAUCUGAAGCUUGAAAGGAACGGUUCUCUGCUUUUACAGUUUCGACCUACAGUACCAUUCGGAUGUAAAAACGGUGGUUCAGCGUGCGAAUUAAAUAUUGAGCUGUACACUGAAACUUUAACAGAAUGCCGAAUACCAGAGCCUGUUCUAAAGAUGAACACUUUAACACGCGGGAAGACAUCUUGUGGACUAGUCAUUUCAAACGAUGUAACGAAAACGUAUAAUAUCACAAUAUAUAGUUUACCGGGUGAACACCGAUUUAAGACACGCGGCAUGAACGUGAAAUAUACACUUUUCCUGCGAACAAUAGACAAUUAUGUGAAUCAUCCUCUUUUUGGAGGAUAUCAACUAGAUCCAAUUUCGGUCAGUAUCAAUGAUGACAAACCGCAGGAUUUGCUGAACUCUCAAUGUUACUCUGUAACAGGUUCAAGAGUAUUUCUAUUUGAUAGAGGCGCAUACAGUCUACUAGAGAAAGGUACCUUCAUCAUGUAUAAAAGCAACAGUUUAAAACAAGAGGUUCAGGUGAAGACAACAGCGUGCAUGAAAAGCGUUACUGCUUACUGUAACUGUGGUGUGGCAGUUCGAGCAGGAAGAGACCUGUAUGUUUUUGAUUUAUGCAACCAAAACACGAACAUAAUCAAGACUGGUUCAUUUAGAGUAUGCGACCACGGAUAUAUGGUCAGAGAGUUUUCUACUAGAACUAAUUCCCAAACGUUGGUCCUCCCAUCUGGGACAAAAGUGGAAAUACAACUGCGAUAUAGCAAAUACCUUGACAUCAAAAUAAUUCCCUCUGCUGAAGACUACCGUAACACAGACGGACUUUGCGGAUCUUUUGAUGGUGAUUCUACAAAUGACGACAGCCAAUCACUUAUCCAAGGGUGGAGUGUUGAAAGGAAUCCAAAGCACAUGAGCUUAUUCGAUUCGAAUAACGAUGAAAGGCUAACUGAAUGGAGCAAAGACAUGUUUUUAUGCAAAUGUCCUUAUGAAAAACUACAAUUUAAGACGACAGUCGAAUGCUUCCCUGAACAACAGAAAACAUGUUAUUUCGAUUAUAAUACAAGAGGCACCGUCAGACGAUGUUCGUCUACCAAGUCAAGAACAAAGCGCGAUGGUACGAUACAUUUUAAAAUGGUGCACGAUUUCUACCGAAGUCCUAAAACAGCGUUCGUAUCUAAACUUGAAAGAAAAACUGCAACUCCCGAUGUUUUGUCAAAGAGAUCAGCGGAAAUACUAUACACCAAAGAAACAGCGUAUACGGAUUGCAUGAAAGUGUUAAAUACAACCGCGUUUCAGAUGUGCAGUGAUAUUCCAGGGUUGAACUUUACCAGUUUUAUCAAGCACUGCGCCCUUGAUGCUGUAGAUUCGAAUAGCAUGGACUGGACCCAAAGUCACUUAGAGGGAAUAAAAUCGAAAUGUGUUUAUGAAAUCAAAGCUGAACAGCCGCUACCACCAGAAGCAUAUGAAGGACUGACAAUUGAAAUAAACGGAACUACGACAGCUUUUGAAAACAUUACGGAAAACAAUAUUACAUUACCAGAAACCGAAACAGUUCCUGAAUUCAGUGAAGAAAACCUAAAGGCCAUUGAAAAUAUUGUCUGUUUGAAUGAAUGUAGUAAUCAAGGAAACUGUGUAAAUGGCACGUGUGAAUGUAAUGAGCCUUUUAUUGGAAGUGAUUGCUCAAUAGACUCAUCACUCUCUCCGGAGAUGUUGGGAAUACCAGAUGAAGGCAUGUGUGACUACCAGCAAAGACCAUGCAACAUUAUCUACAUCUAUGCUGACAACAUUGCAGACACAGGCUUUAUGUGUCGUCUGACUCCUUUUGAGGUAACGUCCAGUGAGGUCACAUAUCAGCACGAAAAAACAAUUGAGACGCCCGGGAUAAUCAAUGGUUUUUCCGAAGUAGCUUGCGACAUAGCGGACCAUCGAGCAAAACGCUCAGCGACAAUGGAUUUUCCAAACGAAAUUAUUGCUAUUGGGUUUCGUGUUGGCUUAAGCAAUAACAACAAUACGUACAGUGAAGAGGAUUCUGUUGUUCACUUUGAUUCAGAUUGUGUUCAAUGUGAAAAACAUGCCGGAAACGUCGCGUGCGAGGAGCUGCCUGGAUUUUGUGUUAGUAACGGACGAUGUUACGAAGUCAAUGAGACACACCAGUGUUUAAAAUGCUCAAGAAAUUCAGAUGAAACGCACUUCUGGAAGCCAGUCUGCGAAAACAACACUGCCACUCUCAAACCGGAUAUAGAGACGGUACCGACUUCUGGUGACGACACAUGGGUGAUACUAGCUAUUGUUAGUUCCGUCAUUGGCGUGCUGAUUCUGGUUGUCGGGGCAGUCGUAGUAAAAAGGUGUAAGAGACGGCAGGAAAGCGUAGACAUCCAGAGUAAGAAUGCCAAAGAUGGAGUCAAUAUUCCCCUGUGCGAAUUAAAGUAAACCAGUCUAACUUUUUUUCAGAGAUUCGAGAUGACUUUCAAAAAAGUGAAAAUACUUAUAAACACGAUUGACCUGUAAUCCGUUAAACGAAAUAAACAUAUUUGCUGUUUAUAAACUAUAAGUAUUUUUUUAUUUGUAAUUGUUAAAGUAUCAUGCGAUGUAUUAUGUACGUCAUGUAUAAGUUUGGUAUAAGCAUCAAAUCGUAAACUAUAUCUGAUUUUGUGUUUUACAUUUAUGUAAACCAGGUGUUGUAACAGUUACGUUAUUCAACAAGUAAAUGUUUGAGCAUAUAAGGAAAAUUGUUGUGUCAAUCAUAAACGAAUUGUCAACAGUUCUGUCCAUUAAAAUAUGAUUGUGUGUUUCACAUAAAAAACAAUUGUGAUUGUUUUCGUCACUAAAAUGUUAAAAAUAAGGUUCUAAAGUGUGCUGAACCUCAUCCCUAUACAUAUGGCUCAAUCUCUGUUGUGUUCGAUGUUUUUGUUUAUGUCUACGAAUAAUCUCAUAUAUAAAUUACUGUUCUUGAACGAUUCGUAUUAAUUUUCUGCCUGAUCGAGUAAAAGACUGAUAAAAGGAAAUAUUGUGUUCAAAAGUAUGUUAACCUAACCUGUCAUAAACUAACAUAAACAUUUGUAUGUCAGUAACUUUCUCUUCGGUCUAUAUUAUUUCGACAUUUGUUGAUAUGCUACAUAAACCCCAGGAAAGAAUAUGUUUACCGCAGUGCAGUGGGAGUGGUCCCAGAGUGCAGAUCAAUAGUACCAAGGAUCGAAUCCUGCUGCAGGCGCACAUAUUUCUAUUUUUUCUUAUUGUCGAAUUUCCAUUUUAAUCAUCAUACCAAUAAAGUUUAUAUUGUUUUUUUGAUUCAUCACCUUGAAUGAGUUUUCCGAUUUCGUAUUUAUUAUUAUAGGAUAACAUAAAAAAACUGCUGCGAAAAUGCCUUAAAGGUCAAAUUUAGAAAAAAAACUUGGUUCUUGUGAAACACAGAACAUAUGUUUUAGUACGGCUCAGUCAAAUAUGUAAACUGUUUUGUACAAAGCUAUAGCAAAAAUAUAGUGUGUAAAUUUUGCUUAAGAAAAAUACAAAUAAUGUAAUUUAUUGUUUCUUUUUGAUUAUAUGUAUAUAUAUAUAUAUAUAUACACAUUUUUUUAUCAACGUUUACACUUGAGCUUUACGAAAUAUUAUUUGCCUACUUUAUAUUUAAUCACCGUAAACUUCAGAUGUCUUGUACUAGUUUUAUUUUGUAUAGGAAUUAAUUUACCAUGGAUUUUAUGUAAUGUUUAAUAUACGUGUUUAUAUUUAUAUAUUUUUAUACAGCUUUACUUUCAUUUAGCAUUAAAUAAAACAUAUUGUUCAAUCUGAUAUAAUGUUUAAAUCAAAUUUAAACUCAUAAAUGGCCUCCGUUCUUUAAAAAUGGCUGACCUUCCAACGUGUUUCACUCGCAAUUUUCAAAUUAUGUAAUUAUGCUAUUUUUAAAUUCAAUUCAGUUGCUGUCAAUACUGUAUUUAUAUUAUGUUUGUAUCGUGAUGCUAAAAUUAAUUGCAAUGCACAUGUAAUAUGAACGAUUGUUUUUUAUGUAUGUUUAUAUGCUAAUUCAUAAUUUGUAUUUAUGUAUACGUAUCAAAAAUAUAUUAAA